AUGUUGAUCCAAACAAAAUUAGCAAAAUACUACCUUUGUAUUUCAAAAACCACGCAUACAAACUUUAUUUGCCCAAUCAGCUUGUUAGAGAUGUUUCAAAGAGAGACAAAAAGGAUUGAUAGAUGAUUACAAUUCUACAAUUUUAUUAUGAAGCUCUAAUCAGGUACAGAUCAAAGCAAAAUUGUAUCAUCUCCAAAAUGCGAUGAAUGCAACUGUAGGAAGCUUGACAGCUUAUCUCCACGCUGAAAAUAUUUUACAGCAACUUAAUCGAAAUUGUCAUAAUUUGAUUACAUUUAUAUACGUAUAUACUAAGUGACAUAUAAAUCCGAACACCCAGUU